AUGCACCACCAAUCCACCCUGAAGUCCCUCCUCACCCUCUGUCUCACUCUACCCGCAUUAACAACCGCAAUCCCCUACACCACCACCACAACUUCAUCCUCAUCCUCAUCAUCCCUCUCCAGCAUCGCGCACGAAACCCCCACCGCAUUCGGCGCAGCAGGCAUAAAAAACAACACAGAGACCUGCCCGCCCUCGCACGCGUCGAAGCAAUGCUGCACCAACAUCGGCGACGAGCUCGAGGAGAUUUUUGGAGAACUGGGCGAGAUUGCGCCGCUGAUUGGUGAUGUGAAUGUGAAUUCGAGGACGGGGCUGAGUUGCAACGCCGUGUCCGAAAACUCCGAAUGCGGACUCAGUCUGAUGUGCUGUUCCGGUAAACCUGGGAAUCCGAAGAAGGGCGAUAAGACACCAAGUGAGGGUUCGCAGGAGCCCGGAACCCAAUCCGUCAUCCAGAGCGGAUGUAUCUCGUUCAACGACGCGGUGGAGCUGGGCAAGGAGGAGGCUGCUGCUGAGGCGCCGAGUUCGGUGGUGGCUCAUGCGAGUGCUAGUGCGAGUGCGACUCCAACCUCUACUUCGAGGAUGCUUUAA